AUGCUCCCCAUCGGAUGUCCAGGAUGCGAAGAAAGAUUCAGCACGUAUGAGGAGUUAGCAAUCCACUGCGGCAAUCAACGUGCUAAUGUUGACGCAAGUUUUGUUCAAACGACUGGAGCUGGACCUAAACCUAGUAACAUACAGCCGCCGUUCAAGACUGUAUGUUUGAUCUCACAUCGUAAUAUGGACGGUAAUAAACUCUGCAAGAAAGAAGGAGAAGCUGUAUUCAGUCGACGAACUGACGGACACACGACUCAACAAAUACUGCAGCUCGACCACGUGUUCUUGCAAACAUGCUUUCUUUAUGGCAGAAGGGAUCCGCCUGAGGAUGGAGAGAACAUCGUUUAG